UGCUCCCAGCCCCGACCAGCCCAGGUAGAGCCAUCCCCAGCCCUCACACAGCAACGCAGACCUUCUGACUGCAAUAAUCCUUGGAGAAGGUUGUGCCUGAGUUUCUCCUCCCCAGUCCCAGGGACAGUGCUGCAGGGCAGCAGGGCGGCGCUGUGAGAAACCCCCUGACACCCCCAGACUCUGCGCACACCUCCAGAGCUCCCAUUCCAUUCCAACCUCUCCCUUUCGACUGCCCAUCACCUCCUCCCCUGCUCUCCUCCCAGCCCCAACCCCACCACCACCUCAGUGCAAAGCAUCCCCGGGGCUGCACAAGGUGGGGUGCAGCUGUCUGGAAGCUGUGCAGCACAGCCUGCAGUGAGCAGGGGCUCAGAAUAGCUGCAUGCAAGCCCCCGAAUGUGGUUAACACCACCUCUCACACCUCACACCUCUUUUGCUGCUCGCUGGGGCUGUGGUGGCCAGGCACGCACUGCUUUUGGGCUGCUGCUGAGUCCGAUGUUGUCCCAAACAUGCAGAUGGAGGAAGUGGUGCACACCAGGCCCUGCUGACUGCUGGCUCGUAUUUGCUUCAAGGGCUUUUUAUCUCGCCUCUGCCAGAGCCCCGGACAUCCAUGGCUGCUUUGCGAAGGGGGAAAGCAGAGCAGAGCUUCUCUGGGAGGGAAGGGUCCUUUGGGUCAGAUUCAGGCUGCAGCAGCGAGGAGGAAGAUGGGGCAUGAAGAAGAAGUGGACACUUCCUGUAUGGCCUGAAAGUGCCUGCUCUCUGAGCAGGGCAGAGGGGAUGUUGGACGGGCGGCUGCAAUAUGUGGCCAGAGUGCAGGCCAUCUGCACCAAGAAGUGCUGCCCAGAGGGGAUGGAGCAGCAGCACAUGGGGUGCAGCACAGGGGUCCCCAUCCCAGACUGUCCCUCUGCAUGGGGACACUGUGCUCACUUCAUGCCUUCCACAGGAGCUGAAGGGUGCAGGGACACAGCAGUGCUCACCGGUACGCAUCUGCAGCUGCUGCUGGAGGAACCACUGCCACUGGAGUGGAUAACUGUUAUUUGGAGAGUGGAACUGGGGGCAGAAUCCCGGCAGCGCAUCCUGACGGUUUGGAAGGAUAAAGUUGAAUAUUCAAACAGUUCUCUUUCUCGGAGAGCCAUCUUCCACCGGGAGCCCCUCUCCCUGCAGAUCAGUGCUGUCACCCAAGCAGACAACGGCAACUAUUUUUCAGAGAUUGAAAAGUCAAAUGGGUCCGUUUCGAGCAAGUGCUUCCACGUGUCAGUGUGGGGUGAGUGCCUGGACCUCCUGCCCUCCUCCCUCCCCAUCCCCUCUAACCUCUCUGUCCCUGCAGAGCCUGUGGGCAGCCCACACCUGGAGACACGCGUGCUGCAGCAGGAGCAGGGGCGGUGCAGCUUCCAGCUGUCCUGCACUAUGCCUGAGGCCACCGCCGUGUCCUACAGCUGGUCCCGUGACUGGGAGCCACUGGGCAACCAGAGCGUGCUGGAUGUGCCCAAGGAUGUGCAGCCUGGGCUCUAUGUCUGCAAUGUGAGCAACCCGGCCAGCUGGAGCACGGCCAGCAUCGACACAGCCACAGCCUGCAGCCAGACAGGGCUGUUUGGUGCCAUGCCGUGGUGGGCAGUGACCGUGUUGCUGGUGCUGGCUGUCUGCAUUGCUGGCUCCACCACCUACUGGUGCUGGAGGAGGAGGAGGAAGGACCGCCCUGCAGCUCCGACCCCCUCAGCUCCCCCAGAACACACAGAGCCAUCGCUGACUGUCUAUGAGGAGGUGGGCAAACUCCAAACCGGUCAAGAGCCUAAUGGGAACAGUGAGGCUCACAUGGUGGGAAACACCGUCUACGCUGUGGUCAACCCCAAAGGACAGAGGCCCAGAAGCCCUCAAAAGCCCGAAAGCUGCACCAUUUACUCCACUGUUCAGCACAGCAUGAAGUCCCCCUCCUUCAAGAGGAAGAAGUUGGACCGAGCUUUGGUUUUCACUGCCUACAUGGAGGUGACGGCACCUUUGAGACAUUACCCCUCCUCUCAGAGCUCAUCCACAUCUCCCACGGACCUCCAAAACUCCUGAGCCCUGCAGGCACUUGGAUUCCCCCCCCUUCUGCAGCUCGGGGACUCAUUGGGGAUGGGAAACAUCUGGACUUGGGUUUUGCUAACACCACAACCACCCCCUAUCCUGACUGCUGCUGGGGGUUCAGCCCUGCACCCAACGGUCCUUCCUUCCUCCGACGCCCUCCGACGGCACGAGAGGCUCCGGGAGGAGGGGAGGGGGGAGAGAAAGGGGACUCUGGCUUCAAAAAAUCGCACCAAAGGCGAGAUCAAGGCUUUUAUUUGGGAUUAAAAUUAAACGUGUCUCUUUGAUGGGAGCUCA